AUGUAUUCUGACAGCGCCAGAUAUAACAAUAGCUAUGAAGGAAGAAGAUCCAGAUCGAGGAAUCGAAGACAAUCUCGUUACGAUUCCUCCUCCAGCGACGAUGAAUACAGCCGAAGACGAUCAAGAUCACCUUACUGUGACUGCCGUGACUUUGAUUAUGAAGGAAGAAAAUCCAGGUUUCGAACAACGAAAAGAAGAGUUAAUUGUUAUCAAUCUCGACCCAGUGAACGUCAUAGAGAAGACGACCGGGCUGAUUAUUACUAUUCAUCUGCAAAUAGAAAUCGACAUGAUUCUCGGGGAAAAUAUGCGACACAUUCACGAGACGAAAAAUCCUCUAAUUUUUACCAAAGAACUUCUUACAAACAAGGAAUAAAAAGAAAACGCUUUCAAGAAAGUUAUAUGGCAAAAGGUAAAAACGAACAAUCCUAUAACAAUCAAUCAUCUAAUUACUACAAAAGAAAACGUGAUGAGGAUGGCAGUCCAUACGAUACACAUCGCACAAAAGUUACCAAUUUCCUCAACGGUUCCCCCUGUAAAUCCCAAUUGGAUGAGUCCUCGGAUGAUGCUGAGAGUCAAAAUAACGCUGACUAUUUGAAAAAGGAAAUUGAGAUUUUAAAAAAGGCAACCACACAUUGCGAAAUCUUUCCAUGA